UGAUUUUCCACUGACGUAACACCGCUGAUCUCCAAGUUCAGAGCUGCCAUCUCUGAGUUUACAGCUGCUCUAACCUUCCGUAGGUCCGACUGGCCAUUUUCCUGUCAAGAGGCUGGAAUCAGUGCCAACAUGGGCUACAGAACUGUGGUAAUGUACACUGAGAUUGGCUGCUUUGUGGUCUGCGUGGCCGGAUGGAUCCUGGUCUGUUCUACCAUGCCGAUUGAAAUCUGGACUUGGUCGGAGGUUAGCGGCAUCGUCCUGACUACAUCCAACUAUUUCUCCAACUUGUGGAAGGACUGCGUUUCUGACUCCACAGGAGUAUCUGACUGUAAGGGAAUUCCAUCAUUGUUUGCUCUAAACUGGGACAUUCACAUGUGCCGGGCCCUCAUCAUCAUCUCCAUCAUUUUGGCUUUCUUCGGAUCAAUUUUGGUCUUGGUGGGAAUGAAGUGCACUAAGAUUGGGGGGUCAGAGAUUGUUAAUGCCAAAGUUACCUUUGCUGGAGGAAUGAACUACCUUGUAGGAGGAAUCUGCGCCAUGGUGGCCUUUUCAUAUUAUGGCAAUAAAAUCCGAUCUGAGUUUGACGACCCAAACUAUGUAGAGCAGAAGUUUGAGAUAGGUGUUGGUGUCUUUCUCGGCUGGGGUGGCUCCACCUUAUUGGUCACUGGAGGCCUAAUUUACAGUAUUUUAGCAGGCCGUGAAGCAUUUGAGUCAAGAACAGAUAAGUAUCCUCAAUACCAAAUCCCUGGCUACAACUUUGUUCCAUCGAGGAAGAGUCUAACGUCCUUAGGUCGCACCGAGACGACCUACACCAGGCAGACCAGAUCCCCGGCAGACAGCAGAGCCAGCACCAUCUCUGAGAUUUCCAGUGCCACCAAAACCACCAGGACAACAGCCUCUAACGCUUAUGUGUGACAAAUGCUUUUUUUGGUUUUUUGUUUUAAACUGCAUUUGGCUUGGAAUCAAAAUCCUACUUCUCUCUCGUCUUUGUAUCACUCUGGGAGUGUAAACUGCUGACUGACUUGAUAGUAAAUAUAUGAGGGGAAAAAAAUGUUAUGAAAUGAAACAAAGUUAUCUAAUUAAUGAAUAAUGACACUAAUUUAUUUAGGUUGCUAUUUUGUGAUUGUACUGUGAUUAGUUCAUACAUUAGAUUUCAUCAAAAAGAAAAAUGCGGCAUGUUGUUUACAUUACAUUUUUAAUGUGUUACUUGUGGGACAAAAGGUUAGAGGUUUUGUCUGCACUCCAAAUCAUGUUUUAUUAAAAUAGUAUUUUGUACUUUACAAAUGAGUAUUUGCUUAAAACUGUAGGGCUUCAGAUUGCAGCCGUUUUCUCAAAUUAUGAUUCACGGGGACAUGGCAUGAAUUUACAGUGACACAUAUAUCCUUUAGUAAAAAUAAAUACAUUUAGCAUUGUUAUUUAAAUGCACAAGAGGCAUCUAAGUAGUGUGGUUUUAAAUGUUGAAGUGUUAAAUCCUAACCCCAGUAGUUGAAGUGCUACAAAAUAUUGACACAAUUGGCACCACUUCAGCUGUGGUGGAGAGGUAGACCAUAUAACCUCUGACUGGAGGAUCCCAGGUUCUGUUCUCCCUUGCCCGCCCGCCCAUGUGAACAAGACACUGAACCUGCCCUUGGGGGUGACCCAUGUAUAGCAGCGGAGCCGGCAUGGGUAUUAGGGAUGUAACAAUUCAUUUUAGCAACAAUUUGAUUCUUGUUAUCAUUUGUGAUUUAUAGUUGAUAUUGUUUCAUUUUGAACGAUUCGAUUCACUGACCUAAAACUGAUCCAGGACAUCGUUAGGUAAAGAAUUGUAACCAGUGUAAUUCAGAGAUAAAUACCUGGAUACUGAACAGUGCAGGUGAAGUUUUCCAGAUUCCUUGUAUUUCUUGCAAG